AUGCAGUCAGAGCCUGACGGUGAAUAUAAGUUCAUCCUUAAUUAUCAAGAUCAUCUCACCAAAUUUGUUGUUUUGCGUCCCUUGAAAACGAAAACCGCUGAUGAAGUAUCCGACGUCCUUCUGGACAUAUUCUGCUUAUUUGGCGCCCCAUACAUUCUACACAGCGACAAUGGGCGGGAAUUUUGCAACCGGGUAAUCGAGAACCUAGCCCGUAAAUGGAGUGCCAUUAAACUAGUACACGGAAAACCAAGACACUCACAGAGCCAAGGGUCUGUCGAACGAGCCAAUCAAGACGUAAGGGAUAGUCUUGUUGCUUGGAUGGCUGACAACAACACCUCUGGCUGGGCAAAUGGCCUCAAGAUCAUACAAAAUACUAAGAACAACAGUUACCACAGUGGUAUUAAGAGAACCCCGUACGAAGCUAUGUUCGGCGCACCUCAGAGAAAUGGACUAAUAGAUUCUCCUUUGACAUCAGAAGUCGUGAAGAUAAUAACAACCGAAGAAGAACUUGAAUAUGAGCUCUCUAAGCUAGAAAGCAGUUUGAUUGAAGUAGAGAACGAAAAGGAAACUCCUAUGGAUGAAACUACACCAGAAGUCUGGCCAACGAUCGUAAACAACAACAAACAUAAAGAACAAGAAUCUACGUCAAUCGAAAUAAUUUCACAAUGUGACAAUGAUUGCGACAAAGGAAGCAACUGUUUUGAAUGUGGGCAGCACAUCCAUAAUGAAGACGUGGAUAGGAGUUAG